AUCUAGGCUGGAGUGCAGUGGCUCAGUCACAGCUCACCACAACUUCCAUCCCCUGGGCUCAAGUGAUCUUCCCACCUCAACCUCCCAAGCAAAUGAAGAUAAAACAAUGUCCGCCAACCUAAAAUACCUUUCCUUGGGAAUUUUGGUCUUUCAGACUACCAGUUUGGUUCUAACAAUGCGUUAUUCUAGGACUUUAAAAGAGGAGGGACCUCGUUAUCUAUCUUCCACAGCAGUGGUUGUUGCUGAACUUUUGAAGAUAAUGACCUGCAUUUUAUUAGUCUACAAAGACAGCAAAUGUAGUCUCAGAGCACUGAACCGAGUACUACACGAUGAAAUUCUGAAUAAGCCUAUGGAGACACUGAAACUUGCUAUUCCCUCAGGGAUCUACACUCUUCAGAAUAACUUACUGUAUGUGGCACUGUCAAAUCUGGAUGCAGCUACUUACCAGGUCACAUAUCAGUUGAAAAUUCUUACAACGGCAUUAUUUUCUGUGUCUAUGCUUAGUAAAAAACUAGGUGUGUACCAGUGGCUCUCCCUGGUCAUCCUGAUGACAGGAGUUGCUUUUGUGCAGUGGCCCUCAGAUUCUCAAGAGCUUGAUUCCAAGGAGCUUUCCGCUGGCUCUCAGUUUGUAGGGCUCAUGGCCGUUCUCACAGCAUGUUUCUCAAGUGGCUUUGCUGGAGUUUAUUUUGAAAAAAUCCUAAAAGAAACAAAACAGUCAGUGUGGAUAAGAAACAUUCAGCUCGGUUUCUUUGGGAGUAUAUUUGGAUUAAUGGGUGUAUACAUUUAUGAUGGUGAAUUGGUAUCAAAGAAUGGAUUUUUUCAGGGAUACAACCGACUGACCUGGAUAGUAGUUGUUCUUCAGGCACUUGGAGGUCUUGUAAUAGCUGCUGUUAUUAAGUAUGCGGAUAAUAUUUUAAAAGGAUUUGCAACCUCUUUAUCCAUAAUAUUAUCAACACUGAUCUCCUAUUUUUGGCUACAAGACUUUGUGCCAACCAGUGUCUUUUUCCUUGGAGCCAUCCUUGUAAUAACAGCGACUUUCUUAUAUGGUUAUGAUCCCAAACCUGCAGGAAAUCCCACUAAAGCAUAGCCACGUGCUGUCUUUAACUGGUUUUCCACAAUGGUGCCCUAGGAAUUGCAACAUUAAAAUGCGGCACAGAGAACUUCUACAGAUUCUGUGAAAAUAUUGUCAUACUGAAUCUGGUCAUAUUGUUCAAAUGGGUUAAAAAUAUGAAAGCUUAAGGAUAAAAUGUGUAUAUGUAACAAAACAUGUGCAUCCAGAAAUCAAAACUUGAAAGUCUUUCCAGGGAUUAGAAUUAGAAGGGAUAUUGGAGGAAACUUGAAAUCAGAGUUUAAAAAGGUUUUACUUUUUUGAUUGCUGCAGAAAUGUCCUAUGCACUCUUUGCGAGAGCACACAAACGUCAGAUAUCAGUUUUCGCAAAUUAGAUCUAUUUAAUCUUAUUAAAUGUUUUUAUCUUACUCUUUCUGUAAAAAUAUAUCAAAUCACAUGUGAUAUUCAACAUUUGAAAAUUAUAGUUACUUAUAAAGCUGUGAAAAAAUAGAAGUAUGAUUUGAAAAAAUUUCACUUAUCUGAUUUUUUAUAUUUAUGCAAAAGAUUACUAAAUGAAGGAUUACUAAAUGUUUUUGUUCAGUUACAUGAAAAUUGAUAAUGUUCUGGGUCUCAUUUGUCAGAGAAUAAAUUUAAUGUAGCGACACA